CAGGACAGCACAACAGCGCAAGUUCCCAUCGAGGGAGAUGACCAUGGCGAGGCGGAGGCUUCUCGCGCUCGCCUCCCGACUCCAGAGGAGGGCUCCGGCGACGCAGUCGUGGCGGCGAGCCCCGCCCCGGUUCCUUUCCACCGCGGCGUCCGGCCCCCUCGUCCGCCUGAACUCGCCGCCUUUCGCGCGGCCAGCGACCAGGAGCCCCGCCUCCUCCCCGUGGGAUCGAUUCGGAGGAGGGCAGAAGAGGACCGUGUUCAUCCAGACGCAGUCGACUCCGAACCCGCAGUCGCUCAUGUUCUAUCCUGGAAAGCCAGUUAUGGAAGUUGGGAGCUCCGAUUUCCCUAAUGCAAGGACCGCAAUGACAUCUCCUUUGGCUAAGGCUCUCUUUGCGAUCGAUGGAGUUACCAGGGUAUUCUUUGGAUCUGAUUUUGUUACUGUAACAAAAUCAGAAGAAACUUCUUGGGAUUAUCUUAAACCUGAGAUUUUUGCUGCGAUAAUGGAUUUUUACUCAUCUGGACAACCACUUUUUCUGGACUCAAAUGCUGCAGCCUCUAUGGACACAACAAUUCAUGAGGAUGAUUCAGAAAUAGUUGCUAUGAUAAAAGAAUUGUUGGAGACUCGCAUUCGCCCAGCUGUUCAAGAUGAUGGUGGUGACAUUGAAUAUCGAGGAUUUGAUCCAGAAUCAGGAAUAGUUAAGCUAAAAAUGCAAGGUGCCUGCAGCGGUUGUCCAAGUUCAUCAGUCACGUUGAAAUCUGGAAUAGAAAACAUGCUUAUGCAUUAUGUACCUGAGGUGAAAGCAGUAGAACAGGAGUUUGAUGGCGAUGAGGAAGCGGAACUGGCUGGCCAGAUGGAAUGAAAGUUUUUACUGGUUUUGUAAGGGUCAACAGCAUCUUCUCAUGUUGUUCAGCAAACUUUGCACUUAGAUAUGUUCAGGGAUUUUUAACCUCCCAAAACCGUUGUUUAUUGAUAUGUUUAUUUUGUGAGAGACUAGGAAUGGUCUGAACAUUUUGGGAUGAUUAGCAGUCAGCACCAAUCUUGGUGUAUGCAGGAGGCAGACUAUCAUAGAUAGCACAAGGGCAGCAGUAGCCUGAACCAACAUCAGUUGCACUAGGAUCCGAAUAAAGCGCUGCAGUGAAUUGGUCUUUUAUUUUGCCUAAUUUCUGUAUAUAUGCCGAGCUUGUCUGAUCAACUACGGAGGUAACGAAUUUAGCGUGACAAAUAUAAUUUUAUGGGGUUGUUUUGCUUGUA